UAGAGACCAUUUCCGUUCUACCAUCGUUUCUCUACAUCAUAUUAUAUCAACUUUAUGGCCAAUUCUGAAGAGCCAUCAUCAUCAUCCUCAUUAGAGUCGCCCCAGGAAUUGGUACAAACUUUCUUCCCGGAUGGUGGUAGUUCAGAAGUCUACAUCCAAAUGGUUUCCAAAAGCUUAUCAGACAGGCUUUUGGGGAAGUACUUUGAUGCUUCAGAAUUCGACUUUGAUUACGAGCAGAGUGGUUUAUGGUCUCCAUUGAUUCCCACAAGGGCCUUCUUUUUAUCUUCUCCACCCUACAACAAUCACUUCUCCAAGAUUGAAUUGCUGGGAAAGUUAAAGAAACUGAAGAAAGCCCCGAUGGCACGUUGGUUCAGAAACUGCAUUAGUGCUUGUUUCAAGGCUAUUUGGCGUUCUUGAAUUAUAUACAUUCUGGAUAUCUAGCAACAUGAUGAGUUAUUUUUAGGAGAGCUGAUCAAAAUGUUUCUUCACCUGAUGCUGGUAUCGAACCUUCAGCGAAUGCAGAAAUCUGGUUCCACUUCCAGCCAAUCAUCAAGAAGUUGGAGGUGGGAAAAGAGUUUUUGAGAUCUGUAACUUGUACAACCUGUGCGUUCUUUCAGAAUUAACAAAAGUUUUCCGACAUUGAACAAUGUGUUGUGUUGCUCACCUCCUUAUUGAACAAGUGAACUGCAAUGAUGCAUGAAUGAGAAGCACUCCGUUCGAUGAUAUCUUUAUCCAUAAUCACAUCCACAUUGAUCAUGUGGGCUAGUUAAUUACAACAUAAGCUGUCUAAAUCUC